UCCUCACUCUCGCGAAUCGCCUCCUCCUCAUUUUUAUCUAGGGUUAGGGUUUUGCAGGUCGCCCAAUCUCUCUAACAAUGGCAGCUCCUCCGGUAGAGUCGGUCCAGUGCUUCGGCCGAAAGAAGACCGCCGUGGCCGUCACCUACUGCAAGCGUGGCCGUGGCCUGAUCAAGAUAAACGGCUGCCCCAUCGAGCUGGUGGAGCCUGAGAUCCUCCGCUACAAGGCCUACGAGCCCAUCCUCCUCCUCGGCCGCCAACGCUUCGCCGGCGUCGACAUGCGCAUCCGCGUUAAGGGCGGUGGCCACACCUCCCAGAUCUACGCCAUCCGCCAGAGCAUCGCCAAAGCACUCGUCGCUUUCUACCAGAAGUAUGUUGAUGAGCAGUCGAAGAAGGAGAUCAAGGACAUUCUCGUCAGGUACGAUCGUACUCUCCUCGUCGCCGAUCCUAGGCGCUGCGAGCCCAAGAAGUUUGGUGGUCGCGGUGCUCGUGCUAGGUUCCAGAAGUCUUACCGUUAAAAGACCGAUAUAUCAUCACUAUGCUUUUUUUGGUUAUUAGUCUGUUUUGGUGUUUAUGUCUCUAGAGUGUUGUUUUUUGAGAAUUUAUAGUUAUAUUUCGCCAACUUGGUUGUUUUUGGAUGAACUUGGUUGUUUUUGGAUGAUAAAUUACAUGCUUUUUAGUUUAUUGAAACUUUGUUAUUGAGAGUUUUAAUUUGAA